AUCGAGAUCACCUCAAUAUAUCACCCGGUCACACUCGGUGAGCACCGGCUCCGGCUAGCCGGAGGUAGAAGAGCUGGUAGUUCAUUCAGGCAUGCGGAGGGGUUGGUCGCAGCUGGACUACGUGCUGGUGCCGCUGGGCCUGGCGGUGCUGCUGGGGUACCACCUCUGGCUGCUCCUCCGCAUCUGCCGCCGCCCGGAGACCACCGUCAUCGGCAUCAACGCCAUCAACCGCCGCAUCUGGGUCCGCCACAUCAUGGAGGAGCCGUCCGGGAAGCACGCGGUGCUGGCGGUGCAGACGAUGCGCAACAGCAUCAUGGCCUCCACCGUGCUCGCCUCCGUCGCCAUCACGCUCAGCUCCCUCGUCGCCGCGCUCAUGGCCAGCGGCGCCGCCCACGGCCUCUUCUCCGGCUCCGGCGGCGCCGGCAGCAGCCUCGUCGUGGGCGCCGCCGGCGAGGCCGCGCUGACCCUCAAGUUCUUCGCGGUGCUCGUCUGCUUCCUCGUCGCCUUCCUCCUCAACGUGCAGUCCAUCCGGUACUACAGCCACACGGGGCUCCUCGUCAACGUGCCGCUCGCCGCGCACCGCCGCCCGGCCAGCGCCGUCGGGUACGUCACGGGGACGCUCAACCGCGGCUUCUACUUCUGGUCCCUCGGCGUCCGCGCCUACUACUUCUCCUGCCCGGUCUUCCUCUGGCUCUUCGGGCCCAUCCCCAUGUGCGCCUCCUGCAUCGCCAUGGUCGCCUCGCUCUACUUCCUCGACGUCUAUACGGAGUGGGACAAGGACGACGACGGCGCCGGCGAUGGCGACGGCCACGCCCGGGAAAGGAAGACGGGCGCCAGCGGCAGGCUGAUGCCAGUAGAAGGCGUGUGAAAUUCAUGCCAACGGAGUCCAACCAUCUUCUCUGCUUUCCAUUCAGACGGCAAGAUUCCCUGCUUGUCGCUGAAGUGCAACAGAGGAUGUGAAUGCUGCCAAGAGAGGAUGAACUUCUCAGGAAAAAAGAAAAAGAAGAUCAGGAUUCAAUGUUCGUUGAAUCCAGAUCGUACUGUACUGUAGCAAAUAAAUGUGAUAUCCUUGGUGUUUGUACCAAAAACCUUCUUGAGCCCCGUGCAAAUGAAGUCUCUGAUGUCAGUGACGAUGCAAAGUCAACU